AUGCCGUCCGCCACGGUCAAGAUCUUGCAAAAGAUCGUUCACAAUGAUUCUAUGCACACUGAUCCCCCCGAGAUCUAUGGCUGGAGAGUCUACCUCCUGGCCGCCUCCGCCUGCUUUGGCGCCAUGUCCUUUGGCUGGGACUCUUCAGUCAUCGGAGGAGUUAUUGUGCUCCCCCCAUUCGUUCAGGAUUAUGGUCUAGGCGACCCUAAAUCGAAGGCUUCCGCCAACUUGUCUGCCAACAUUGUCUCGACUCUCCAGGCUGGUUGCUUCGUUGGUGCUCUCGCGGCUUCUCCACUGACAGACCGCUACGGGCGAAAGUGGUGCCUUGUCGGCGUUGCAAUGGUCAUUCUCGCUGGUAUCAUCAUGCAAUCCGCCGCAUCUGGCCAUCUGGCUGCCAUGUACGUCGGACGGUUCGUCUCGGGCCUCGGAGUAGGAGCCGCCAGUUCCAUCAACCCCCUUUACGUCUCCGAGAACGCACCGCGAGCCAUCCGUGGACUGCUGACCGGAAUGUACCAAUUGUUCAUCGUGACCGGAGGCAUGAUUGCCUUCUGGAUCAAUUACUCGGUUUCGAUUCACAUGUCCGGCAAGGUCAUGUACAUCUUCCCCCUUGCUAUCCAAGCCCUCCCUGCGCUGUUGCUUGCAGGAUGCAUGACGCUCUGCAACGAGUCGCCCCGUUGGUUGGCACGUCAGGAUCGAUGGGAGGAGGCCAAGAAUGUCCUCGCCCGCCUCCGCAACUUGUCAACGACUCAUCCCUACAUUGAGGAAGAGUUCCAGGAGAUCGUCGACCAGCUCGAGCACGAGCGCGAGCUCAUUGGUGAUGCCACUUUCUACAACUUGCAAAAGGAGAUGUGGACCAUCAAGGGUAACCGUAACCGCGCCCUCAUCAGCAUCGGCCUCAUGAUUUGCCAACAGAUGACGGGCACCAACGCGAUCAAUGUGUAUGCUCCGACCAUCUUCCAGAACCUAGGCAUCAGCAAGACGUCGUCCUCGCUGUUCAGCACGGGCGUCUACGGCAUUGUCAAGGUCGUGUCCUGUAUCUGCUUCUUGCUGUUCAUGGCGGACUCGUUUGGACGAAGGCGGUCCCUCCUUCUGUCCUCGAUUGCGCAGGGGCUGGCCAUGUUCUACAUUGGCUUGUAUGUCCGGAUCAAGCCCCCUAUCUCGGGAGACUCUGUGCCGCCUGCCGGUUAUGUUGCGCUGGUCUGCAUCUUCCUCUUCGCCGCAUUCUUCCAGUUUGGUUGGGGCCCUGCUUGCUGGAUCUACGCCAGUGAGAUCCCAACAGCCCGCCUGCGAUCCAUGAACGUCUCGUAUGCCGCAGCCACGCAAUGGCUAUUUAACUUUGUUGUGGCUCGUGCGGUGCCGACUAUGCUUGUCACAGUCGGAUCUCACGGCUAUGGAACGUAUCUCAUCUUUGGCAGCUUCUGCUUCUCCAUGUUCUUCUUUGUGUGGUUCCUGGUGCCGGAGACCAAGGGCAUGUCGCUCGAGGCCAUGGACAAGCUCUUUGGCGUGACGGAUGCGACUCCUCUGAAGUCGGUCGACGGCGGCCCGGAGGCCAUUGGCGACGAGAAGCAGUCGACCGUUCAAGUUGAGAGGCCGGUGCAGCCCGUCCCGAUCGGCAUGGGCCAGGCCACCACGGUCGAGGCGUCCAACCUGGGCCGGAUGACCUAG